CUCAGUUGGCCUCUUGGUGUCGCGUGAGAGACUGGAAUUCUCUAUAACGCGCUGCUCCUCUCUGCGACAGUCCCUCUCCCACGGAGUCCCUCCCAAACGAAACAAUGUCAACCUUCAAAGAAAGGCUGGCCUUAUUUGAACGUCUGGUCGGGCCAGAGACACCGGCCGACUACGAUGGAGAAGCAUUUCGCCAGCUUUGUUUCAGAGGCAUCCCUGACACGCCCCACAUCCGCCCACAAGCCUGGAAACUCCUUCUCCACUACCUACCCUUUGACUCGACUGACAGGAAAACAAAAUGGCCUCAGACAUUGAGGGAACAGCGGGCGACGUACUAUGCGUUCGUUAAGGAGUUGAUUAGGAAUCCCAGUGAGGAGGAGCUGGAGAUGGUGAAGCGAGGAGGUGGUGGAUCAGGAUGUGGUGAUGGUGCGCCAGGGGCUGCGGAUGUUGAUCACCCACUAAACGACGCAAGCGGUUCGAAAUGGCAAACGUACUACGAAGAAUUGAACAUACUAGAACAGAUCGACAAGGAUGUUAGACGGACAUUACCCGAUCUCGCGUUCUUCCAACUGCCAGUACCCGAAUCAAAGUAUUCCCCACUGCACAAUAACCCAUCGACGACAAAGUCUGCGGAAGAUAAAGGUGACAGCAAUACCGGGGACAGCACAGGCGACGCCCCACCGGCAAAGAAACCCCCACCACCCGACAUCAAACCCUUCUCGCCCAUCCAAUCCCGCCGCGCCCUCUUCAAACGCCUCGAACACAUGAACGGCACCGACCACCAAUUCGGCGCCCGCACCCGCGCCUCCCCAUCCCCGCAACCAUCCCAAGACCAAACGCCAACCCAAACCCCUCUCCUCUCAGCCCUCACCAAACGCCCCUCAACCAUAUCAAUCCCCGACCGCACCCCCGAAUCCGGCGACCUACAUUGGGAAGCCAUCGAGCGGAUCCUCUUCAUCUACGCCAAACUCAACCCGGGCAUCGGCUACGUGCAAGGCAUGAACGAGAUCCUCGGCCCGCUGUACUACGUCAUGGCGAACGAUACGGAUGAGGAGAGCCGCGCGCAUGCGGAGGCGGACUCGUUUUUUGCGUUCACGGUGCUGAUGGCCGAGUUUAGGGAUCAUUUCAUACGGUACCUUGAUAACGUCGGUGGGCCUGCUACCAAUCCGACGGCCAAUGAAAAACAACAAAAUCAAGUGUCGAGAUCGUCCCUGACGUCCAUGCCCUCAGACCUUUCAAUGAACAGCGGGGGCAUGAUGUCCACACCACUCUCACGCAAGAACUCGCUGGGCGAGCUGGCGAUGGAACAGAUCUCGGGCAACGGGAUAGGGAACAGCAUGACGAGGUUGAUGAAACGGUUGAAGAAGAGGGAUUUGGAGCUCUGGAAGGAUUUCCAAUUGAAAGGCAUCCACCCAGCCUACUUCGCCUUCCGCUGGCUCACCUGCCUCCUCACCCAAGAGUUCCCCCUCCCAGACGUCAUCCAGCUCUGGGACUCCAUCCUCGCUGACCUCGCCCUUGACAUCAACGCGGCGUCGUCUCCUUCCGCCGCGGCGGGUGGAAGCAGCGCUGGGGAGCAGAUGGUGGAGGGCAGGGAGGGAAGGUUUGAGUUUUUGAUUGAUGUUUGUUGUGCGAUGAUUAUAUGCAUAAGAACGGAACUUCUCGCGGGCUCCUUCUCGGAUAAUAUCGCACUGUUACAGAACUACCCAAUCUCCGACCCCUCCCUCAUCCUCCAAACCGCCUUCUCAUUCCGCGACUCGGGACUCACAACAUCCAACUCAGCCCUCAACAACUCCGCUUCCACACCCUCCACCCAACAACAGCAACGCGCGCGCUUUUCCCCAGGCACCCACUUCACCAAAAUCCUCCACCGUAUCGACACCCCCCACCCAAAGGCGGACCGCCAAGACCCGCCCCACCUCCUCUGGGGCCACAUCCUCGCCCGCGUCUCGGCCACCACCAAACCCGAACCGAUGUGGGCGCGGCUAGGGCAGACCCCCGCGCAAAAGGGCAGCGCGUUGGAUCUGUCGGAUAUCGGGUCGCCUCUAAAGGCGGGUUUAUCGUCGCCACGGACCCCGAACAUCAGUGUCGGGGGUGGUGGGAGGUAUACCACCACGGCUACACCGACCGCUACGGCGUCCCAACAACCGCAGCAGAGAGCAUCGAUAUUAACAACAAUGCAACAAUCCCAGGCCUCGGCGGCGCUGACCAACAUGUCGGGGCAGUUGAAGACGGGGUUUAGUGGGUUGUUGAGUCGGGUUAAACUCGCGGGGGCCGGUGCGUUGGGCGGGGCGAGUCAAGCGGAUCUUGGGACGGCUACUGGGGAUGGAGGGGGGAAUGAUGUGUUGUUUGCGGCGGAGGAUGAUGAGACGGUGGUGGGGGAGGUGAAGGGGGAGGAGAGGAAGGUGGGUGGUGGGUUGAAGGGGAUUUGGGGAAGGGUCGGGUUGGGCGGUGGGGGUGCGGGGAGGAAUGUCGAGUUGUUGAAGGGUGUGAGUGGACAACCCGCUGCUGAUGGGUUCAGGCCGAAAGACGGCGCUGAAACAACCGGUGUUGGAGAGGUGACCGUGGCGGCCGGGGAGGUGGUCGUACCGGCGGACGCGGGCGAUGAGGCACGCAAGACGGCCGGGUCGAUGGUGGCUGUGUGAGCUUCGUCGUUCUCCGAGGGGGAUUCUUUUUUUUUUUUUGGUGUAUAAUGCUGAUUAGGUGUGCAAUAAUUGAUAUGGUGUGCUUUCGUGAAAGAGAUAAUGUGAUCCAAUGUUGGAGGAUGUGAUUGAAUCGAAUCAACGAGAUGAGUCCAAAAAUGAACAUGGUUCAGAGCGCUCCAAAACUUGCGG